AUGGCGCGUGCAAAAGAUGUCUUUGCCCAUUUCAUGGUGCAAAACUCCUACUCCUACUCCCAGGCGGAAUGGGAAACAGAAAUAUCCAAAGCAAAAGAGACCGGAAUUGAUGGCUUUGCUCUGAACUGGAUCCCUCCGUAUUGUCAAUCUCCCAAUCUAUCGUGGCAAAUGGACCGCAUAGCCGAUGCUUUCGCUGCCGCGGAAGAACUUGGCUUCAAGCUUUUCCACUCCUUCGAUAUGGCGUAUUACCCGGGCGGGCCUGGGUGCUCGGGAACGGGAUGGACGGCAGAACUCAUUGCUGACCAACUCAACACCAACAAGGACUCUUCAGCAAUGUAUAAAUGGAACGGCGCGAUUCUCGUCUCAACGUAUGCAGGAACCAAUUACGGAAAUGAUCUCUUCCGAGGCGUAAAGGACCAGGCUAGAUCUCGAGGGUUCGAGGUCAGCAUUGCACCUGCCCUUACCGAUUUCGCUCAGGACGCCCAACGCAUCGCCCCAGAUCAAUGUGCGCGUAAUUUAAUUAACCAGUUUCCUGAGAUUGAUGGCUUCUUCAAUUGGCAAGCCUGGCCACUCGAUGUCCCAAGCAACUUGACUGCACAGGCAGACGUCGAGUUUAAGGAAGCAUUGAAAUCCACAGGGCGUACUGGGCCAUAUAUCAUGGCUGUCGCACCCUGGCAGUUCAAGGAUCUCGGCGGCGACUCGUGGGUCCAGAACUCCGACACUCUGUUUAAAUACAGAUGGGAAGAUGCCAUUGAUACCGUGAACCCCGAUAUAAUCGAGAUCCUCACCUGGAACGACUACGCCGAGUCAUCCUAUAUUGCCGAUUUGCCUCCCAAGUCCGAAGACGGUCCAGGUUCUGUCCAGCUCUUCGACCAAGGCAACUAUGUCUACGGAAUGUCCCAUGCCGCGUGGCGCACCAUGACCUCCUAUUACAUCCAGUGGUACAAGACCGGCUCCCGGCCAACCGUCACCUCUGACCACGCCGUUCUGUGGUAUCGUCCGUACCCGAAGUCCGCGCAAAGUUCCAGCGGCAACGGCAGUUCCAGCGUCCGAAAUAGCGCCGGUCCGCAAGACGCGGUCUUCAUCUGGGCCUUGGUAUCCAAGCCGUCCACCAUCUCGACCUCCGUUGGCGCGAACUACGGAAUCCUCUUCGACGUCCAUGAAGCGUCGGUUCCGACAAUGUAUCGCGUCGAUUUUCCGCGGGACUUUGUCGUCGAUAUCCAUCCCAUGACGGCGGUGCUGCGGGAUGGGACCACGGUACAGGCUGCCGACGGGAAAACGCCCAUCACUAAAAACCCGACAUGGACAAACAUGAAUGCCGCCGUUGUCGGAGCCGGACCUCUCGUGCUAACUUUUGGCUCCUCUUCGGGUACCAGGCGUGCCAUUCCAUGGACCGCUUGA